UUGAAUUAAGGAACAAUCAUGGCUACUAGUUUUGAAAACAGCGUCCGACGGAGGGGACGGAAUGAGGACCUAGAGGAGCUUAUGAUUGAGGAUGCACGUGACAUGAAACCUAGACGUUCAUUGGAAAGUUUUCACUGGGAUUUAUGGCUCCUGAUGACUCUACAGAACUGGAUAUUUGACUUCGGGAGACCAAUUGCCGCUUUGAUGAUUCCUGAAGAACUCUUCCCAAUGCAUCUGCCCAGUGUUGGGGACUACUUUCAUAUGAUGUAUAACUUAAUUACUCCAUUCUGUAUCCUGAAGCUCUUUGAGAGAAGUCAUACCAAAACAUCAUCAACUUUCAGAAAUAUCUGCGUAAUUAUUUUUGUUAUGGGAGCCAGUAUACAUCUUGUGGGAGAUUCCGUUAACCACCGACUUGUCAAACUAGGGUAUAAAUUACAUCUUUCAGUCCGAGACAAUCCCAUGAUGCAAUCUCUACAACCACGUGGUCUCGUUGAAUCAUUUGUACUUUUGUACAAUUACGACGAAAUUAUAGGCCAUUUAAUGUGGUAUAUUCCAUUUUUCCUCUGUCUUUUUCUUUAUUAUACUGGAUGUUUUCUGAAUGAUCAGCCACAUGAACGUGUUCGUCCUACAUUUUCGUGGUGGAUGCUGACGAUUGUGAGUGGCAUUUAUUACUGGUAUUUGGUGACAGAAGGACAGAUAUUUACUGUAUAUUUCAUAACAUUCGUCUUCAUGCUGGGAUACAUGGUCUAUAAGAAAACUACACGAAACUCCCAGCUUGAUAUUAACGGACUAUUCCUCUUGUACUCCUUUGCUCUCACCUUAGCAUUAGUGUUGCUGUGGGUGAUGUAUUUGUGGAACGAUGAAGCACUUCGUGCGAAAUAUCCGGGACUUCUAUAUAUACCAGAACCCUGGUCUUAUUACACACUGUAUCUUAAAGAGAAUUAGACAUUGCUCAAUUCACGAUUUACAAGGAAGUGUUUAGCGAUAUUUUCUCUGUAUUCUUAUCAUGGUGCAAUUUUUUUUCUAUGAUGAAACUUUUAUUUACAAAAAUGUAGCUACCUAAAGUGA